AUCCCAGCUCUUAGACCGCGCCAAUAUGCACGAAUUUCUAAACGUCAAAAGACAGUUCGACGGGCUUAUGGUGGUAGUCGUUGUGCUAAAUGCGUGAGAGACCGCAUUGUCCGUGCUUUCUUAAUUGAAGAACAAAAGAUUGUCAAGAAGGUCAUCAAGGCUCAAUCCAAACCUCCACCCAAAAAAUAA